AUGGUUCCGAGCUCUUGGUGCCGCUCUAGCCGAGGAGAACUCUGUGCGGGGCGCUCGGCGGACUCUUGGCUUAGCGGAGGCGAGUCGGCUGCAGGCUCCGUCCCAAUGCCCAGCUGGUCAGAGCAGGACCCGGCCACCUUCCUUGCCAACCUCCUGCUGCCUGCUGCCUGCCUGUAUUCGGCCAUUAGGACCUUCCAGAUCAACCGGGGAGCUGCAGCCGGGUUUUUCCUCCAGGCCCUCGGGCCCCUUCUGGAAACCGUCCCCUUUGGGCCCCGCUGGGAAGGAGCCCAGCCCCCAGACCACACCUGGCCCUGCACAGUGGUGGGGCUGCCGCUGCUGGCCUUUGGCUUCCACUGGCUGAACGGGGACUGCUUCACGGCCAACGUCCUCCUGGGAGGCGCCCUGAUGCUGGCCGGCGGCUGGGGCUACUUCACCGAAGAAGGCAAGGCCAUGGUGGUCCAUUCGGUCGUCUCUGUGGUCACCAUCACCAUCUUCAUCGUCUCCGUCUUCACCGGAAGCGCCUACGGGAUUGUGGGCAGCCUCCUGCUGGGGGUGGGCGGCCUGCUGCCAGGAACUGGACUGUGGCCCCUGCUGGCCCCAAAGGAGACCGAUGCCCUCCGUUGUCUCAUGGCAGCCGCCAACCUGGCCCUGUGCCGGGCUCUCCAAGGGCAGCAUCUAGAACUGGGCAACAGCUACAGGGAGUGGUUGCCUGUAGCAGCUUCUUGAUGGGGAGGCCUGGGGUCCCGGGGGGAGGGGGAAUGCCAAUCUAAGGGACUGCAAGAGUCCUCUUGGGUCAAUAGGAAAUGCAGGGCAGAAUUCCAAAGAUUCCAGGGCCCAUUUUCAAAAUUGCAAGGGAUUAACAAGAGUUGGAAGGAACUUUGUAGUCUAGUCCAACCCUCUACCCAAGCAGGAGAUCCUACACCAGCGGUGUCAAACUCAAGGCCCAUGGGCCAAAUUCAGGCUGCAGGAUGCUUAAAUCUGGCCCGUGGAGCCAGCCUGGAAAUAGCAAAGGACUGGCCCUCAGUGCCUCUGGCAGCCAAAACAGGCACGUUUUUGGCUGGAAAAUGCAGGAGGCAGCUGUCCCAUUUCCCCCACCCCACCCCUCCGGGCUGAUCCGCAAAGGAGAAUUACAAUGCUGAUCCGGUCCUCAAAGAAAUCCAGUUUGACACCCCCUGCUCUACACCGUUUCUGUCUUCUUGAAAGCUUCCAGUGAUGAAGCUCCCACAACUUCUGAAGGCAACUUCUCUGCCAUUGGUUGAUUGCUCUCACUGUCAGAAAAUUUCUCCUUAUUUCCAGGUUGAAUCUGUCCUUGGUCAGUUUCCAUCCAUUAUUCCUUGUCUGGCCUUCAGGGGCUUUGGAGAAUAGCUUGACCCCCUCCUCUCUCUGGCAGCCCCUCAAAUAUUGGAAGAUGCUAUCAUGUCUCCCCUGGUCCUUCUCUUCACUAGACUAGCCAUGCCCAGUUCCUGCAACCGUUCAUUGUAUGUUUUAGCCUCCAGUCCCCUCAUCAUCUUUCUUGCUCUUCUCUGCACUCUUUCUAGAGUCUCAACAUCUUUUUUUAUAGUGUGAUGACCAAAACUGGAUGCAGUACUUUAGAUGUGGUCUUACUAGGGCUUUAUAGAGUGGUAGUAGUACCUCACCUGAUCUUGAUUGUAUCCCUCUUAAUGCAAUUUAGGAUUGCAUUGGCUUUUUUGGCUGCCGCUGCACAUGUCUGGCUUCUAUUUAGCUGGUUGCCACUAAGACUCCAAGAUCCCUAUCACAGUCACUGCUAUUAAGUCUGGUUUCACCCAGUCUAUAUGUGUGCUUUUGGUUUUUCUUGCCUAAAUGUAAGACUUUACUUUUCUC